CAACCCAUCAAAAUUGAAAAUAAUUAAAAAUGUUUUAUUAUCAAAUGAUGAGAUGAUUCAUGUACAAAACUUUAAGAAAUCUACUAAAUUUGAUAAUGCCAACGCUCCUCAUGAAAUUCUCAUUGAGAUAACAGACUUCACCAAUGAAAAACUACAAAAAAUAGAAUACUUAGCACCCGUUCUUGUUGAAAAGAAAAAUGAAGCAAAGUUAUUAUACGUUGAAGGUGGGAAAAAAACUACAGAUAAUCCAGAAUUUAAUGUUAAUUAUGGUACCGAAGACUGCGAAAUCAGUACUUUUGCUAACUAUAAUGUUGAUGAUGUUGGAUUUAUUACUGAGGGUGAUCUAUAUAACAACAAUGUUCCUGGUAGCAAUGCACAACGGAUCGAAGAAAUAGAAAUGCAAAAUAGUGAUCUAAAUGGAGAUAAAAGCGCAAAAUCUAGUCCUGCUAAAUGUGUACCUUAUGUCAUUGAACCCGUUGUAGAUUCAGAAAUGAGAUCUAUGAAUGAUGAUAAUGUUCAUUAUAGUACUGAAGACUGCGGAAUUAGUACUUUUGUAGUAGUGUAGUACUUUGUGCGGAUUUAGUAUGGUGAUCUAAAUAGCGAUAAAAGUGCAAAAUCUAGUCCUUCUAAAUGUGUACCUUGUAUCAAUGAACCCGUUGUAGAUUUAGAAAUAAUAUCGAUGAAUGGUGAUGAUAAAGAAAAAGGCACACAUAUAAAUGUCGUGGAGUCCGAAGAUAACACGACAAAGAAAACG